GUCGACUCCUCCCGCUUCCGCUACCGUCUGUAGGAAGCCGGGUUGUGUGCUACCUAACUGUAGUCGCCGCGCCGCCGCGAUGCCGCUGGAGAAUCUGGAGGAAGAGGGUCUGCCCAAGAACCCCGACCUGCGCAUCGCGCAGCUGCGCUUUCUGCUGAGCCUGCCGGAACACCGCGGGGAUGCGGCGGUGCGCGACGAGCUGAUGGCGGCCGUGCGCGACAACAACAUGGCCCCGUACUACGAAGCCCUGUGCAAGGCGCUGGACUGGCAGGUAGACGCGGACCUGGUCAGCAAGAUGAAGAAGGCGAACGAAGAAGAGUUGAAACGCUUGGACGAGGAGCUAGAAGAUGCAGAAAAAAAUCUUGGCGAGAGUGAGAUUCGAGACGCGAUGAUGGCAAAGGCCGAGUACCUCUGCCGGAUCGGGGACAAGGAGGGAGCUCUGACAGCCUUUCGAAAGACUUACGACAAAACCGUGGCCCUCGGUCACCGGCUGGAUAUUGUAUUCUAUCUCCUGAGGAUCGGUCUGUUUUACAUGGAUAAUGAUCUUAUCACACGGAACACAGAAAAGGCCAAAAGCUUAAUUGAGGAAGGAGGAGACUGGGACAGGAGGAACCGCCUCAAAGUGUACCAGGGUCUUUACUGCGUGGCCAUCCGAGACUUCAAACAGGCAGCUGAGCUCUUCCUGGACACUGUUUCGACAUUUACUUCUUACGAACUCAUGGACUACAAGACGUUCGUGACCUAUACCGUCUACGUCAGCAUGAUUGCCUUAGAAAGGCCGGACCUCAGGGAGAAGGUCAUUAAGGGAGCAGAGAUACUGGAGGUGCUGCACAGCCUCCCCGCGGUGCGGCAGUACCUGUUCUCCCUCUACGAAUGCCGCUACUCGGUUUUCUUCCAGUCACUAGCUGUUGUGGAGCAGGAAAUGAAAAAGGACUGGCUCUUCGCUCCUCAUUAUCGGUACUAUGUGAGAGAAAUGCGCAUCCAUGCCUACAGCCAGCUGCUGGAGUCUUACAGGUCACUGACCCUCGGCUACAUGGCAGAAGCCUUCGGAGUCGGUGUGGAAUUCAUUGAUCAGGAGCUGUCAAGGUUUAUUGCUGCGGGGAGACUGCACUGCAAAAUAGAUAAAGUGAACGAAAUAGUAGAAACCAACAGACCUGAUAGCAAGAACUGGCAGUACCAAGAAACGAUCAAGAAAGGAGAUCUGCUGCUAAACAGAGUUCAGAAGCUUUCCAGAGUAAUCAACAUGUAAAAGCGUUUCAGUGAAGGAGUUCCUUUAGAAGAGACAGCUGCUUCUGUGGUGGGGUAGCCCAUUCACCACAUGCCAGCUCAGCUGUGUAAAAUAAAUACUACAUUGUGUUUUU